AUGAAGUUCGCUGAGCAUCUGUCGGCGCACAUAACGCCCGAGUGGCGUAAGCAGUACAUCAACUAUGAGGAAAUGAAAGCCAUGCUGUACUUGGCUGUCGAGGAGGCGCCAUCUGUGGACAGCGUGGAGGAUGAGGUGCUCAAACGCCACUUUGCCAACUUCGACGAGAACUUCUUUCACUAUUGUGACAAGGAGCUGAAGAAGAUAAAUACGUUCUAUUCUGAAAAGUUGGCAGAGGCAACGCGUAAAUUUGCGACACUCAAUGCGGAGCUAAAGUCCAGCAUCGAGGAGUCCGAGCGCACGGCCAAGAAGUCCAAGGGGCAGAAGCGACAUGCCGCAUUGCCAGAUCGCAAAGCACGCGAGCUAAAAUUAGCCUUCAGCGAAUUUUAUUUGAGUCUUAUACUGCUGCAGAACUAUCAGAAUCUGAAUCAUACGGGUUUUCGCAAGAUUCUUAAGAAGCACGACAAGCUGCUGCGCGUAGACACCGGUGCCAAAUGGCGUCAGGAAUAUGUGGAGGCAUCGCAUUUCUUCAUCAACAAAGACAUUGACAACAUCAUCAAUGAAACGGAGACGACGGUCACGGGCGAGCUGGAAGGCGGCGACCGGCAGCGUGCGAUGAAACGCUUGCGUGUGCCGCCCCUUGGCGAGCAGCAGAGUCCGUGGACCACCUUUAAGGUCGGCCUCUUCUCGGGCAGCUUCAUUGUGCUCGGCAUUGUGGUUGUGCUGUCUGCCAUAUUUCACGACAUAACCGGCGAGAAUUUGAAGGUCACGUUUCGGCUGUAUCGCGGUCCCUUGUUGAUCAUCGAAUUUAUAUUUCUGAUUGGCGUUAACAUCUAUGGCUGGCGUUCGUCGGGUGUUAAUCACGUGCUGAUCUUCGAGCUGGAUCCCCGCAAUCAUCUAUCCGAGCAGCAUCUGAUGGAGCUGGCGGCCAUAUUCGGCGUCGUCUGGACCCUGAGCAUGCUCAGCUUUCUGUACAGCGCCAGCCUGAGCAUACCAGCGUUCAUCAAUCCAUUAACAUUGACCCUGAUCAUGGUGAUCUUUUUGGUGAAUCCGUUUCAUGUGCUCCAUCAUGACGCACGCUUCUGGCUGCUGCGCAUCACUGGCCGCUGUGUUGCUGCGCCGUUCUUUCAUGUGGGCUUCGCCGAUUUCUGGCUGGGCGACCAGCUGAACUCGCUAGCCACCGCGAUCUUAGAUUUUGAGUAUCUCAUAUGCUUCUACUUCACCAAUGGCAACUGGUCGGAGGCGGUGGAUGCGUCCAUUUGUAUGGAAAAGGAUUUUAUAGUGCGACCCAUCGUCAACUGUCUGCCUGCCUGGUUCCGAUUUGCGCAGUGUCUGCGCCGUUAUCGGGACACACGAGAAGCCUUUCCACAUCUGGUGAAUGCGGGCAAAUAUUCGACGACCUUCAUGGUUGUCAUCUUUGCCACGCUCAAAAGCUUCAACAGUCCUAACUAUGCGAGCACCUUUGAUAACCCCUACACUUGGCUGUGGAUAGUGGCUUCUAUAGCCUCCUCCUGUUAUUCGUACACAUGGGACAUCAAAAUGGAUUGGGGCUUGUUCGAUAAGAAUGCGGGCGAGAAUACGUUCCUGCGCGAGGAAGUCGUCUACUCGUCCACAGGCUUCUACUAUUUUGCCAUCUUGGAGGAUCUGGCGCUGCGCUUCAUCUGGGCGCUGUCCUUCUAUUUGACUGAAAUGAAAAUCGUUAGUGGCGACAUAAUGACCUCUAUAACGGGCAUUCUGGAAGUCUUUCGCCGUUUCGUUUGGAACUUCUUCCGCUUGGAGAACGAACAUCUGAAUAACUGCGGUAAAUUCCGUGCCGUACGAGAUAUUUCCAUUGCCCCGCUUGAUUCGUCCGAUCAGACGCUCAUUUUGCGCAUGAUGGACGAGACGGAUGGUGUAAUCAAUCGCUACACAAAAACGAACAGACCCAAGCCAAAGAAGAUCAAGGAUCCGGAGAAGCGUAGUCUGUUGCAUGCACGCGGCUCACUGCCGGAUCUCAGCAUUGAUAUUGAUGGCAGUAAAAAGCUUUAAAUGAUAUGGUCCACCCCCACCCACACACCUCAUGCGCUUCCUGAACGAACGUUUUAUUUUUUUUCCUUCUUUUUUUUCCCCCUCUUUUUGUUGAUUUUAGUUAAUGCUUACACGUCUAGUUACUAAGUACUUAAAGAGCAAAACACAUAAAUAAUUAGAGCUUAAGUUGAACUAAACAAAACUAAAAUUGCAUUCCAUAAACGCAUCUAACAAUGGACCAAAACCCAGCCCCAGACAAAAAACGAAAGGAAAAGAAACCCAAAAGAUUAACCCAUUCCCAAUCAUUCCCAUAGAGCGGCAGUAUUACUUAGUAAGUCCAGACCCAAUACCUUUAUACUAAUACUAAUAAUUGGCAAAAUCCCAAAUAGAAAAACAUUCCUUUUUGAAAAGAAAAAAA